GCUGCAAAUUACACAUCAGUUCUGGAUUCGGAUAAUUUAUAUACACAUCUGGUUAGUCAACGACCUGAAAGCCAGACUGCUGUGGUGGAGAAUAGAGGAGCGGGCCAGAGCAGACGGUCUUUCACUCUCUCCCUCUCUCUCUCUCGCGCUCUUUCUUUGUCUGCGAUCAGAUACAGACCCAGCUCAGAGCCUCCAGGACCAGUACUGGGUUAGCCUCAGAGUCGGACGCCCAGGCUUCGCUUACAUUAAGCCCUUCACUUCACAAGCUUGGUCACCAACAGGAUGAAUCCAGGACCAGUGUUGUUACUGUGGGCUCUGGCCCUUCUAGCUACCGUGGCAAGCCAAGAGUACGAGAACCGUAUGGAGAGUCAUAUCGACCGCUCUGUCCCCUGGAUCCACACCUUCCGCCAAGGGUUUAACUUCCAGUGUCCCCAUGGAGAGGUGCUGGUGGCCCUGCAGAGUGUCUUCAGUGAGAAGGAGGGGUCCGACCGCCUCUGGGCCUUCGAGUGCCAACAGACUCCCACCACCCUGGGGCAUCCCACAGAGUGCUGGUGGGACGACACUAACCGCGCCGGGAUGGAGUGGUCUUCAACAUGCGGCAACAAUGGUCUGGUGGCAGGGGUGAUGAGCAAAUACUUUGAGCCUGUCCUGGACCGUGAGUGGUCGUUCUACUGCUGUCGCUACAGCCGCCGCUGCCCCUACUCCUGCUGGAAAUCAUUGGAGGUACCUGGGCAAUACAGAGAGGAGGGAGAGUUUGUCAUCCCAGGCUACGGCUACUUCAUCAGAGGGGCCCAGACCACCUUCGAUGGAGUUCUCAGAGAUCGGCAGUGGAAGUACAUUGUGUGCAGAAUGACCGAUUUCGACUGUGAAUUUGAGAAUUUAUAGACGUACAUUCAGACUCAGUAAACAAGGCGAGAUGGCCACUGGUGUUUGGCGAAGAGAGUCUCGCGUGCGACAAACCGCUGUUCUACUACCAUCAGCCAAGCAGAUGCUUCCCUCUACAUGAAUUUGUCUUUCACUUCAACCACUAAAGUACGACGACACAAAUCCACAAUAGCAACAGAUCCCCAGAAUCAUUAAGUCCAAUAUUCACAUCCCCUCCUAGUAUCAUUAACUCCAAUAUUCACAUCCCCUCCCAGAAUCAUUAAGUCCAAUAUUCACAUCCCCUCCUAGAAUCAUUAAGUCCAAUAUUCACAUCCCCUCCUAGAAUCAUUAAGUCCAAUAUUCACAUCCCCUCCUAGUAUCAUUAAGUCCAAUAUUCACAUCCCCUCCUAGAAUCAUUAAGUCCAAUAUUCACAUCCCCUCCUAGAAUCAUUAAGUCCAAUAUUCACAUCCCCUCCUAGAAUCAUUAAGUCCAAUAUUCACAUCCCCUCCUAGAAUCAUUAAGUCCAUUAUUCACAUCCCCUCCUAGAAUCAUUAAGUCCAAUAUUCACAUCCCCUCCUAGUAUCAUUAAGUCCAAUAUUCACAUCCCCUCCCAGUAUCAUUAAGUCCAUUAUUCACAUCCCCUCCUAGAAUCAUUAAGUCCAAUAUUCACAUCCCCUCCCAGAAUCAUUAAGUCCAAUAUUCACAUCCCCUCACAGAAUCAUUAAGUCCAAUAUUCACAUCCCCUCCCAGAAUCAUUAAGUCCAAUAUUCACAUCCCCUCACAGAAUCAUUAAGUCCAAUAUUCACAUCCCCUCCCAGUAUCAUUAAGUCCAAUAUUCACAUCCCCUCCCAGAAUCAUUAAGUUCAAUAUUCACAUCCCUUCCCAGAAUCAUUAAGUCCAUUAUUCACAUCCCCUCCUAGAAUCAUUAAGUCCAAUAUUCACAUCCCCUCCCAGAAUCAUUAAGUCCAAUAUUCACAUCCCCUCCUAGAAUCAUUAAGUCCAAUAUUCACAUCCCCUCCUAGAAUCAUUAAGUCCAAUAUUCACAUCCCCUCCUAGAAUCAUUAAGUAUAAUUUAUUCACAUCCCCUCCUAGAAUCAUUAAGUCCAAUAUUCACAUCCCCUCCCAGAAUCAUUAAGUCCAAUAUUCACAUCCCCUCCCAGAAUCAUUAAGUCCAAUAUUCACAUCCUCUCCUAGAAUCAUUAAGUAUAAUUUAUUCCCAUCCCCUCCUAGAAUCAUUAAGUCCAAUAUUCACAUCCCCUCCUAGAAUCAUUAAGUCCAAUAUUCACAUCCCCUCCUAGAAUCAUUAAGUCCAAUAUUCACAUCCCCUCCUAGAAUCAUUAAGUAUAAUUUAUUCACAUCCCCUCCUAGAAUCAUUAAGUCCAAUAUUCACAUCCCCUCCCAGAAUCAUUAGGUCCAAUAUUCACAUCCCUUCCCAGAAUCAUUAAGUCCAAUAUUCACGUCCCUUCUCAGAAUCAUUAAGUCCAUUAUUCACAUCCCCUCCUAGAAUCAUUAAGUCCAAUAUUCACAUCCCCUCCCAGAAUCAUUAAGUCCAAUAUUCACAUCCCCUCCUAGAAUCAUUAAGUCCAAUAUUCACAUCCCCUCCUAGAAUCAUUAAGUAUAAUUUAUUCACAUCCCCUCCCAGAAUCAUUAAGUCCAAUAUUCACAUCCCCUCACAGAAUCAUUAAGUCCAAUAUUCACAUCCCCUCCCAGAAUCAUUAAGUCCAAUAUUCACAUCCCCUCCCAGAAUCAUUAAGUCCAAUAUUCACAUCCCUUCCCAGAAUCAUUAAGUUCAUUAUUCACAUCCCCUCCUAGAAUCAUUAAGUCCAAUAUUCACAUCCCUUCCCAGAAUCAUUAAGUUCAUUAUUCACAUCCCCUCCUAGAAUCAUUAAGUCCAAUAUUCACAUCCCCUCCUAGAAUCAUUAAGUAUAAUUUAUUCACAUCCCCUCCUAGAAUCAUUAAGUCCAAUAUUCACAUCCCCUCCCAGAAUCAUUAAGUCCAAUAUUCACAUCCCCUCCCAGAAUCAUUAAGUCCAUUAUUCACAUCCCCGUCCUAGAAUCAUUAAGUAUAAUUUAUUCACAUCCCCUCCUAGUAUCAUUAAGUCCAAUAUUCACAUCCCCUCCUAGAAUCAUUAAGUUCAUUAUUCACAUCCCCUCCUAGAAUCAUUAAGUCCAUUUAUUCACAUCCCCUCCCAGAAUCAUUAAGUCAAAUAUUCACAUCCCCUCCCAGAAUCAUUAAGUCCAUUAUUCACAUCCCCUCCUAGAAUCAUUAAGUAUAAUUUAUUCACAUCCCCUCCUAGUAUCAUUAAGUCCAAUAUUCACAUCCCCUCCUAGAAUCAUUAAGUUCAUUAUUCACAUCCCCUCCUAGAAUCAUUAAGUCCAUUUAUUCACAUCCCCUCCCAGAAUCAUUAAGUCCAAUAUUCACAUCCCCUCCUAGAAUCAUUAAGUCCAAUAUUCACAUCCCCUCCUAGAAUCAUUAAGUCCAUUAUUCACAUCCCCUCCUAGUAUCAUUAAGUCCAAUAUUCACAUCCCCUCCUAGAAUCAUUAAGUCCAAUAUUCACAUCCCCUCCUAGAAUCAUUAAGUCCAAUAUUCACAUCCCCUCCUAGAAUCAUUAAGUAUAAUUUAUUCACAUCCCCUCCUAGAAUCAUUAAGUCCAAAAUUCACAUCCCCUCCCAGAAUCAUUAAGUCCAAUAUUCACAUCCCCUCCUAGAAUCAUUAAGUCCAAUAUUCACAUCCCCUCCUAGAAUCAUUAAGUAUAAUUUAUUCACAUCCCCUCCCAGAAUCAUUAAGUCCAAUAUUCACAUCCCCUCACAGAAUCAUUAAGUCCAAUAUUCACAUCCCCUCCCAGAAUCAUUAAGUCCAAUAUUCACAUCCCCUCCCAGAAUCAUUAAGUCCAAUAUUCACAUCCCUUCCCAGAAUCAUUAAGUCCAUUAUUCACAUCCCCUCCUAGAAUCAUUAUGUCCAAUAUUCACAUCCCCUCCCAGAAUCAUUAAGUCCAAUAUUCACAUCCCCUCCUAGAAUCAUUAAGUCCAAUAUUCACAUCCCCUCCUAAAAUCAUUAAGUAUAAUUUAUUCACAUCCCCUCCUAGAAUCAUUAAGUCCAAUAUUCACAUCCCCUCCCAGAAUCAUUAAGUCCAAUAUUCACAUCCCCUCCCAGAAUCAUUAAGUCCAAUAUUCACAUCCCCUCCUAGAAUCAUUAAGUUCAUUAUUCACAUCCCCUCCUAGAAUCAUUAAGUCCAUUUAUUCACAUCCCCUCCCAGAAUCAUUAAGUCCAAUAUUCACAUCCCCUCCUAGAAUCAUUAAGUCGAAUAUUCACAUCCCCUCCCAGAAUCAUUAAGUCCAAUAUUCACAUCCCCUCCCAGAAUCAUUAAGUCCAAUAUUCACAUCCCCUCCUAGAAUCAUUAAGUCCAUUAUUCACAUCCCCUCCUAGUAUCAUUAAGUCCAAUAUUCACAUCCCCUCCUAGAAUCAUUAAGUCCAAUAUUCACAUCCCCUCCUAGAAUCAUUAAGUCCAAUAUUCACAUCCCCUCCCAGAAUCAUUAAGUCCAAUAUUCACAUCCCCUCCUAGUAUCAUUAAGUCCAAUAUUCACAACCCCUCCUAGAAUCAUUAAGUCCAAUAUUCACAUCCCCUCCUAGAAUCAUUAAGUCCAUUAUUCACAUCCCCUCCUAGUAUCAUUAAGUUCAAUAUUCACAUCCCCUCCCAGAAUCAUUAAGUCCAAUAUUCACAUCCCCUCCCAGUAUCAUUAAGUCCAAUAUUCACAUCCCCUCCCAGUAUCAUUAAGUCCAAUAUUCACAUCCCCUCCUAGAAUCAUUAAGUCCAAUAUUCACAUCCCCUCCUAGAAUCAUUAAGUCCAAUAUUCACAUCCCCUCCUAGAAUCAUUAAGUCCAAUAUUCACAUCCCUCCUAGAAUCAUUAAGUAUCAUUUAUUCAUCCUUGUUAAUGACAUAUCACUGUUUACUAUUAAUAUUGCAUUAUCCUUGAUUCUUGAUAAUAACCAUGCUUGUAUUAUUUUUUUGGGAUGAAUGUAAUCUUAAGUUUUAGAUGUCAAAUCACUUAUCUUUAUAUCUAUCAUAGCACCAUAGCAAUAUAAAUAAAAUGUCUGUGUACAGCACUUAGCCUACUUUUCCAAAUGUAAACGAUCCAAGUAAUGUCUCUACUUGUUAUGAUCAAUAAAAGUCCAAUGGUUGAACGAUAA